AACUUCAUAAAUCACCUACUUAGCCAAAUUCAUUACUUCCAAGUCUCUUUCCAUCAAUCAAAGAAAGCUCGAGUAAAAUGGCUUUGAUGUACACACAUUCCCUUCUCCUAAUAGCCGUAAUUUCAGCAAUAUUCACAGUUGCAUCAAGCAAUGCGAAUUUCCAAAAAGGUCCCCAAAAUUGGAACUUCAACUUCAACAAUACAAACAAGCCAUUUACACACAAGAACCCUUUUCAUAGCUCUAGAAGAAUCAUUGUCGGUGGAUCUAACAACUGGCGUUUUGGCUUUAAUUACACUGAAUGGGCUCGAACAAAUGCCCCAUUCUUCUUCAACGACACUUUAGUGUUUAAAUUUGAUCCACCUAGCACUACCAAUUUACAUCCACAUAGCAUUUAUUUGCUACCAAAUCUAUGGAGUUUUUUGAGGUGUGAUCUAAAAUGGGCAAAACUUGUGGCUAACACAUCACAAGGUGGAGGAGAAGGGUUUGAGUUCGUGUUAAACAAAUGGAAGCCAUAUUAUUUUGCUUGUGGAGAAAGCAACGGUUUUCAUUGCCAAUCUGGAAUGAAAUUUUCUGUUAUGCCGUUGUUUCGUUGGUUUUGAACGCUUUAAUGCUCAUUUUAAACCAAUUGAAGAAAGAAGAAUAAGUUUGUUUUCAUUGUUUUAGGUUUAUCAUUUUUAGACAAAAGAAAAUAAUGAGUGUUUCAAUAUUUACUUUUUUGCUUCUAUGUAUUGUUUGUUGUGCUUCACGUACUUUACUUCUACAAUUUGAAAUGUAUUUGUCUUAACAGAGUUGUCAUAAAAAAGAUAAAUCUACAUUUUUUGAUAUAGUGAGAUAACAAGGGAAUUAUUAGUUCA